AUGGAGGAGGAGGCAUCUGAAUACCUGGAGUGUGGAAAGAGCUUUGCACAGAGUGGAGAUCUAUGUUCAAAUCAAAAGACUCACACUGGAGAGAAACCCUAUGCAUGCCUGGAGUGUGGAAAGAGCUUUGCACAGAGUGGAGAUCUAUGUUCACAUCAAAGGACUCACACUGGGGAGAAACCCUAUGCAUGCCUGGAGUGUGGAAAGAGCUUUGCUCAGAGUGCACAUCUACAUUUGCAUCAAAGGACUCAUACUGGAGAGAAACCAUAUACUUGCCUGGAGUGUGGAAAGAGCUUCACUUCUAAUGGAAGUCUAUGCAAACAUCAAAGGACUCACACUGGUGAGAAACCUUAUUCAUGCCAGGAGUGUGGAAAGAGCUUUGCUCAGAGAGGAAAUCUAGAUGUACAUCAAAGGACUCACACUGGGGAGAAACCCUUUAAAUGCCUAGAGUGUGGACAGAGCUUCACUGCUAGUGGAAAACUACGUUCACAUCAGCGGACUCACACUGGAGAGAAACCCUAUACAUGCCUGGAGUGUGGACAGAGCUUCACUGAGAGUGGACAUCUACGUAAACAUCAAAGGACUCACACUGGGGAGAAACCCUAUUCAUGCCUGGAGUGUGGACAGAGCUUCACUGAGAGAAGAAGUCUACGUAAACAUCAGCGGACUCACACUGGGGAGAAACCCUAUUCAUGCCUGGAGUGUGGAAAGUGCUUCACUGAGAGUUCAUAUCUACAUUCACAUCAAAGGAUUCACACUGGGGAGAAACCCUAUACAUGCCUGGAGUGUGGAAAGAGCUUUGCUCAGAGAGGAAAUCUAGAUGUACAUCAAAGGACUCACACUGGGGAGAAACCAUAUACUUGCCUGGAGUGUGGAAAGAGCUUCACUUCUAAUGGAAGUCUAUGCAAACAUCAAAGGACUCACACUGGGGAGAAACCCUAUUCUUGCCUGGAGUGUGGAAAGUGCUUCACUGAGAGUUCAUAUCUACAUUCACAUCAAAGGAUUCACACUGGGGAGAAACCCUAUACAUGCCUGGAGUGUGGAAAGAGCUUUGCUCAGAGAGUGAGUCUGGAUUCACAUCAAAGGACUCACACUGGGGAGAAACCCUACACAUGCCUGGAGUGUGGACAGAGCUUCACUGAGAGAGGAAGUCUAUGCAAACAUCAAAGGACUCACACUGGGGAGAAACCCUAUACAUGCCUGGAGUGUGGACAGAGCUUCACUCAGAGUGGAAGUCUACGUUCACAUCAAAGGACUCACACUGGGGAGAAGCCCUAUACAUGCCUGGAGUGUGGAAAGAGCUUUGCUAGGAGAGGAAAUCUACGUUUGCAUCAAAGGACUCACACUGGAGAGAAACCACCUACUUGCCUGGAGUGCGGAAAGAGCUUCACUCAGAGUUCAGCUCUACGUUUACAUCAAAGGACUCACACUGGGGAGAAACCCUAUACAUGCCUGGAGUGUGGAAAGAGCUUUGCUAGGAGAGGAAAUCUAGAUGUACAUCAAAAGACUCACACUGGCGAGAAACCCUAUACAUGCCUGGAGUGUGGACAGAGCUUCACUGAGAGAGGAAGUCUACGUAAACAUCAGCGGACUCACACUGGGGAGAAACCCUAUACAUGCCUGGAGUGUGGAAAGAGCUUUGCUAGGAGAGGAAAUCUAGAUGUACAUCAAAAGACUCACACUGGAGAGAAACCCUAUACGUGCCAGGAGUGUGGACAGAGCUUCACUGAGAGAGGAAAUCUACGUAAACAUCAAAGGACUCACACUGGGGAGAAACCCUAUACAUGCCUUGAGUGUGGACAGAGCUUCACUGAGAAUGGAAGUCUACGUAAACAUCAAAGGAUUCACACUGGGGAGAAACCCUAUUCAUGCCUCGAGUGCGGAAAGAGCUUUGCUCAGAGAGUGAGUCUGGAUUCACAUCAAAUGAUUCACACUGGGGAGAAACCCUAUUCAUGCCUUGAGUGCGGAAAGAGCUUCACUAAGAGUGGAGAUCUACGUAAACAUCAAAGGACUCACACUGGGGAGAAACCCUAUUCAUGCCUGGAGUGUGGAAAGAGCUUCACUCAGAGUUCAGAUCUGCGUUCACAUAAAAGAACUCACACUGGGGAGAAACCCUAUAAAUGUCUUGAGUGUGGAAAGAGCUUUACUCAGAGUUCAAAUCUACGUUCACAUCAAAGGACUCACACUGGGGAGAAACCCUAUACAUGCCUGGAGUGUGAAAAGAGCUUCACUCAGAUUGGAAGUCUACGUAAACAUCAAAGGACUCACACCGGGGAGAAACCCUAUACAUGUCUGGAGUGCGGAAAGAGCUACACUCAGAGUGGAAGUCUACGUAAACAUCAAAGGACUCACACUGGGGAGAAACCCUAUACAUGCCUGUAGUGUGAAAAGAGUUUCACUGAGAGUGAAAGUCUAUGGAAACAUCAAAGGACUCACACCGGGGAGAAACCCUAUACAUGCCAAGAGUGUGGAAAUAGCUUUACUCAGAGUUCAAAUCUACGCUCGCAUCAAAGGACUCACACCGGGGAGAAACCUUAUAAACGCAUCCCGUGUGAAUAGAAUCUCUCUGAGAGUUGAAAUCUACACAGACAUGGAAUUCAUAUUGGAGAGAACAGUCGUAUUUGACCCCAUAGGGCUCCCCUACACAGAGCAUUUCAAGCUUUUCAUGUUGGUGAUGCACUUUUCAGGCAUGCAUUCUUUCACGACACUACAGUAGAGUCUCAUUUAUCCAAGCUUCACUUAUCCAAUGUUCUGUAUCAUCCAAGGCAGUCUGCCUUUUAGUAGUAAAUGUUGCAAUGUUUUGGUGCUAAAUUCGUAAAUACAGUAAUUCCUACAUAACAUUACUGUGUAUUGAACUGCUUUUUCUGUCAAUUUGUUGUAAAACAUGAUGUUUUGGUGCUUAAUUUGUAAAACCAUAAUGUAAUUUUUUGUUUAAUAGGCUUUUUUAUUAAUCCCUCCUUAUGAUCCAAUAUUUUCGCUUAUCCAUGAUUCUGCUGGCCCGUUUAUCUUAGUUAAGUGAGACUCUACUGUAUUUCAUUUGAACUAGCAAAACAGAUUCACCAUUUCAUCAGGAAAAAUGAUAGAGUGUUUCUCCAGGAGACUUGGGAGAGGGGCAUGGAUGAGGCUCAAUCUGGAGAAUAUACAGGAGUCUGUUCUGAUAAUAAAGGUCCUGAAUUUAUAUCAGGAAUUAGUCACACAA